UCUAAGGCUCUGUGAAUGUGACACACACUCUCUCCAGCUUCCAUAUGCUGGGAUUAUGCUUCUUCCUCAGUUUGAUGUGCUUGGCCAGAUCAGACACAGGUGAAACAUGUCCUUCAUUCACCAAACUGAGCCUUCCCAGUGCAGUGGUUGGUACGGGACUAAAUGUGAGGCUGCUGCUCUACACAAGGAAAAAUUCGACCUGCGCACAAAUCAUCAGCUCCAAGUUUUUGGGGAACUUGAACGUGACCAAGAAAACUACCUUCAUUAUCCAUGGAUUCAGGCCCACCGGCUCCCCUCCAGUUUGGAUAGAGGAAUUGGUAGACAGUUUGCUCUCUGUAGAAGACAUGAACGUGGUAGUUGUUGACUGGAAUCGAGGAGCUACAACUGUAGUAUACAACCAUGCUUCUAGUAAGACCAGAAACGUAGCAGAAGUCUUGAAGGAAUUUAUUGACCAAAUGUUGGUAGAAGGAGCCUCUCUUGACAACAUUUACAUGAUUGGAGUAAGUCUGGGAGCUCACAUAUCGGGGUUUGUUGGAGAGGCGUACUAUGGGCAGCUGGGGAGAAUUACAGGUCUCGACCCUGCCGGCCCUUUAUACAACGAGAAACCGCCGGAGGACAGAUUAGAUCCCAGUGACGCGCAGUUCGUUGAUGUCAUCCAUUCCGACAUUGAUGCACUGGGCUACAAGGAACCAUUAGGAAACAUAGACUUCUACCCAAAUGGAGGAUUGGAUCAACCUGGUUGCCCCAAAACAAUCUUUGGAGGAUUCCAGUAUUUUAAGUGUGACCACCAGAGAUCCGUGUACCUGUAUCUCUCUUCCCUGAGAGAGAACUGCACCAUCACUGCAUAUCCCUGUGACUCCUACCGGGAUUAUAGGAACGGCAAGUGCGUCAGCUGUGGCCCAUCAUGGCAGGAGCCCUGUCCGCUUCUGGGGUAUUAUGCUGAUAAUUGGAAAGACUAUUUAAAGGAGAAGUAUCCUCCUAUGACUAAAGCAUACUUUGACACAGCUGAGAAGAAACCGUUCUGCAUAUAUCAUUACUUUGUGGACAUUAUAACUUGGAACAAGAACAUAAGAAGAGGGUCCAUUACAAUCAAAUUGAGAGACAAAGCUGGAAACACCACAGAAUCCAAAAUCAAUCAUGAACCUGCAAAAUUUCAGAAAUACCACCAAGUGAGUCUGCUUGCAAGAUUUAAUCAAGAUCUGGAGAAAGUAGCAGCCAUUUCCUUGGUCUUCUCUACAGGAUCAGUAGUAGGCCCAAAGUACAAGCUCAGGAUUCUCCGAGUGAAGUUAAGGUCCCUUGCCCAUCCAGAGAGGCCCCAGUUGUGUCGGUAUGAUCUUGUACUGAUGGAAAAUGUUGAAACAGCCUUCCAACCUAUUCUUUGCCCAAAGUUGCAGAUGUAACUGUUGUCAGGACACAUGAGCACCAGUAACAUCAAGAAAACUACUAUAGGCUUUUUAAAAGCUUCACCAUCCCUUUUCCUCAAGGCACAAAAAGUACAGAGAAACCAGGGUUUUUAUCUGGUAGUGCCCUGUGGAUGUCACAUUGCAAAAUGUCAGACGGCUUUGGAUUAUAGAGCAGUCCUGGGAAGGGAGCCCUUAAAUAGGGCAAGUCAGAAAUAGCCAGGCCCCAGGCAGCCCAGCGCCUUGUCUCGCUGUGUCCUGGGGCCUCAUUUGUUCCACCCUGUGAUUCUGCUGCCUAUCACUCAGGCAGUUCAGCUGUACAAGCAUCUCAAAGGGAAGGACUGGCUGGCCUCGACUCCACUUUCCCUAUGCCACAUUCCUUCAGGCCCCCACGUACAGAAGGGGAUGGAGACUCACCUACCUCACGGGGCUGUGUGGGUCUGGGAGGCAAAUUUGUGAAGGGUUCUUUGAAACCUCAUGGGUGUCACAUCCGUGAGUGGUUUGAUAAAUGUGAAUGUGUUUUUAUUUAUUUUGAUACAGCUUAUCUGUUAUGCAAUAAGAGAGCUAUUCCUUAUCAACACCAGCUUCCCUCUUGGACUGUGUGCUCUGGGAAGGCAAAAAAGCCACACCCCUGGCUUCCCACCUUCUCUAAAGUGGUAAAAAUGUUCAUUUUUCCUUAUUACUAAUGUA